AAUUUUUCACAGAUACGUGAUGCCAAAUUAAUCGUUUGGGAUGAAGUAUCAAUGGCCAAAAAACAGCUGAUAGAGGCUUUAGAUUUAUUAUUGAAAGACCUGAUGGAUACGAAGUUACUCUAUGGUGGAAAAGUUGUAGUUUUCGGUGGAGAUUUCAGACAAACUCUUCCAGUUGUUCGCAGUGGCACAAAAGAGGAUUUCAUAGAAAGUUUACUAUGUUCCGGUAUCUGGAAUAGACUUGAAAAACUGCGAUUAUCAGUAAAUAUGAGAGCAAGAACUGAUCCUGCCUUUUCUGAAUAUUUGAUGCAAAUAGGAAGUGGAAAAGCAGAAACAAAUUGUCAGGGAAGAUCUACAUUAAGUGGCUGGUGUAAUGGAAUGGAUGUUGUAUACAAGAAGCUGAACAAAUAUAGCAACCAGCUAUAAAGAAACAGUUAUAUGAGACAAUUAAUCCUAUUAGUUAUCAGAGAACAAGCAGAGGCAGUGGAUUUUGAUACACCACACUCAUCACUAUAAUGGCAGCUCCUGAUAGAGGCUGGUUGAUAGAAGUUUCAAACAAUCGCUCAACUCAACAAAGUGUUCCAACUAUUUCUGUCAACCGCCUCACUCUGCCUUAUCCAUUUGACUUCUCUGGCCGUCUGAUUACCGCCUCGCUCUCUGCUGUUUCCAUUUUGCUUUGCUUCCCUCUGUUUUCACUUUUCCUUUGUAAUUACCUAGCUUCUCUCCUUUAAUUUUCGCACAGCUUUUCGCCAAAUCUCAAAUUUUGAAGUCUUUUCGUUUUCCCUGAGAUUUGUGGAUAUCUCAACUGAAGUAAUAAAGGAUUCAUUGAUGUGUUCCCUAGUUUGAAGCGGGUUUCUCUGGGUGCGUUUUGUCUCUGUCAAGGUAAUUGCAUCGCAAUUUCUUUUAAAACAUAUAAUGUUGUAUCUGUUACAGGUUUAGUAAUCGGAUGUGCUCGCAGGAAGAAGAACUGCUUAUUGUUUGUUUCGCCUUGUAUGACAUUUGAAAAUAAAAUUGU